ACGUUUGCCUCCGUUGUUGCUAGUUUCUCGAUGAAAUCAGGAAGCAGCAAGUAUAGGAAUCUGGCUGAAGAGAUACUAAAAGUUGGGCAUGCACAAAUUUCUGCUCAGGUUUUCAGAUUCUUUGAAUUGGCCUCUUCAACUGACAACUUCAAUACUGAAUGUCUGGUGGGCGAGGGUGGAUUUGGAAGGGUGUACAAAGGGUACAUAGAGAGCAUUGAAAAGGUUGUGGCUGUGAAGCAACUCGACAGGAAAGGAUUGCAAGGAAGUAGAGAAUUCUUUGCAGAGGUUCUGAUGUUGAGUCUGGUUCAUCACCCCAAUCUUGUUAAUUUGGUUGGCUAUUGUGCAGAAGGGGAUCAAAGAAUAUUAGUUUAUGAAUUCAUGUCCAAUGGAUCUUUGGAAAACCAUCUUCUAGAUUUACCUCCAGAUCAUGAGGAGCCUCUGGAUUGGUAUACCAGGAUGAGAAUAGCUGAAGGAGCAGCCAAAGGGCUUGAAUACUUGCAUGACUUUGCCAACCCGCCAGUGAUUUAUCGUGACUUUAAAGCAUCAAACAUAUUAUUAGAUGAGGAAUUCACUCCCAAGCUCUCUGAUUUUGGACUUGCUAAGAUUGGUCCAACAGGAGGCAAGGACCAUGUGUCUACUAGGGUGAUGGGGACCUAUGGCUACUGUGCACCAGAGUAUGCUUCCACAGGUCAGCUGACAAAAAAGUCUGAUGUUUAUAGUUUUGGCGUCGUGUUUCUGGAAUUAAUCACUGGUAGGAGAGCUAUUGAUACUUCAAGACACACUGAGGAGCAGAACCUAAUUACUUGGGCACAGCCACUGUUUAGGGACAGAAAGAAGUUCACAUUAAUCGCAGACCCUUUGCUAAGAGGAGAGUACCCUGUAAAGGGUCUCUAUCAAGCUCUUGCAGUUGCUGCAAUGUGCAUCCAAGAGGAAGCUGACACCCGACCAUUGAUGGGUGAUGUUGUAACUGCUCUUGAGUAUCUGGCCAUGCCAAGAAACAAUGAGAAAGGUGCCACAGAUCCAUCACAAAACAGUGGGGGACAUGUUGAACUUGUGACCGGAGAAUGUGGCACCAGAGAGAGAGAGAUCAGCUGUAGUAUCAAAGUGACUGAAGUUCUGGAAACUGAGGUGCAAUGAGAAAACGAUCUUUGUUAGGCAGUUUCCGAGGCAAUCUUCAGGACCUCCUCAAGAACAACCAAUCUCUUCAAGCUGGAAUUCAUUUAUUUAAUCCUUGAUAUUAUCCCAAUGGCCAAACGUUUGCUUACUAUUGCAAACAAGUUGUUGACAGCAAAAGUGCAGCUCUGAUUCUUUAUUCCAUGUAAUGUUACUUGUUCAAGAGAAGGCAAGAAAGAAGCAAAUAAGCAACUGGUGAGAUGCAAAAU